AUGACUGGCGGAAAGUCCGGAGGCAAGGCCAGCGGUGCCAAGUCCAGCGCGCAAUCGUGAGUACUCGCCCAUUCCAUCCUAUGCGCCUACUUUGGCCUCAUCUGGCCCAUCCGACGCGCUUUUUCAAUCCAAAAGAACCGCUUUUCGAUCUGCUUUUCCAUCCGGCGCAAACUGACAUCAUUUACCACAGGCGUUCGUCCAAGGCCGGUCUCGCGUUCCCAGUCGGUCGUGUCCACCGUCUCCUCCGCAAGGGCAACUACGCCCAGCGUGUCGGUGCUGGUAAGUCGCGUCAUUCAAUCGCUUAUGCCUGGUCGCAUCAACUGACUCUUCCACCACAGGUGCUCCCGUCUACCUCGCAGCUGUCCUCGAAUACCUGGCUGCCGAAAUCCUUGAGUUGGCUGGCAACGCCGCCCGUGACAACAAGAAGACCCGUAUCAUCCCUCGUCACCUGCAACUCGCCAUCCGCAACGACGAGGAGCUGAACAAGCUGCUCGGUCACGUCACCAUUGCCCAGGGUGGUGUCCUCCCCAACAUUCACCAGAGUAAGCGAUCCCACAUCCUACACUUCCCAAUCAUCACUGACAUCUGUUUCCUCCAGACCUCCUGCCCAAGAAGACCGCCGCCGCAGGCACCAAGGGCAAGGGCCCAUCUCAGGAGCUGUAG